CAGAGUGACACGUUGCAAACUCCCCAUAAUCAAGAAGAACUUUUCCGGGUGACGAUCUCUGAAAUUGCUCAGUGAGCACCCCUAAUUAACCUGAUUUUUUGCUGAUAAUCACUCACAAUGGAAUCAAAUCAAAAAUCCGGGGAUGGAUUGACCGGCACACAGAAAGAAGCAGCCCUCCGUGCACUAAUUCAGCGCACAGGAUAUAAUUUGAUCCAGGAAAAUGGACAAAGAAAGUUUGGUGGUCCACCACCUGGCUGGGAUGGCCCACCACCGGAGAGAGGCUGUGAGAUUUUCAUUGGGAAACUACCGCGAGACCUUUUUGAAGAUGAGCUGAUACCAUUAUGUGAAAAAAUUGGCAAAAUCUAUGAAAUGAGAAUGAUGAUGGACUUUAAUGGAAACAAUAGAGGAUAUGCCUUUGUAACAUUCUCUAAUAAACAGGAGGCUAAGAAUGCAAUCAAGCAACUUAAUAAUUAUGAAAUUAGGAAUGGACGACUCCUAGGUGUUUGUGCCAGUGUAGACAACUGCCGUUUAUUUGUAGGAGGAAUCCCAAAAACUAAGAAAAGAGAAGAAAUUUUAGCAGAGAUGAGGAAAGUCACAGAUGGAGUUGUUGAUGUCAUUGUGUAUCCCAGUGCAGCAGACAAGACAAAAAACCGGGGCUUUGCUUUUGUGGAAUAUGAAAGUCAUCGAGCAGCAGCAAUGGCAAGAAGAAAACUGCUACCAGGAAGGAUACAAUUAUGGGGACAUAAUAUUGCUGUAGACUGGGCAGAACCAGAAGUUGAAGUUGAUGAAGAUACAAUGUCAUCAGUUAAAAUCCUUUAUGUGCGAAAUUUGAUGCUAUCAACUACAGAAGAGACAAUUGAAAAAGAAUUCAACAAUAUUAAACCAGGUGCAGUUGAAAGAGUAAAGAAAAUAAGAGAUUAUGCAUUUGUGCACUUUAAUAACAGAGAAGAUGCUAUUGAAGCUAUGAAAGCCUUAAAUGGAAAGGUGUUGGAUGGGUCUCCUAUCGAAGUGACAUUAGCCAAGCCAGUAGACAAAGACAGUUACAUUAGGUAUACCAGAGGCACAGGGGGAAGAGGUACCAUGUUGCAAGGAGAAUACACAUACACAUUUGGACAUGUAUAUGACCCUGCCACAGCUUACCUUGGAGCUCCAGUCUUCUAUGCACCUCAGGCCUAUGCAGCUAUUCCUAACCUGCAUUUCCCUGCCACCAAAGGGCAUCUCAGCAGCAAAGGCAUUAUCCGACCUCCAUCAAUAAGAGAAAUUUACAUGAAUGUACCUGUAGGGGCUGCGGGAGUUAGAGGACUAGGAGGACGUGGCUACUUGGCAUACACUGGUCUGGGUCGUGGAUUCCAGGUCAAAGGAGAAAAGAGAGGAGAAGACAAACUCUACGAUCUCUUGCCUGGGAUGGAGCUGACCCCAAUGAAUCAUGUCACAUUAAAACCCCAAGGAAUUAAACUUGCUCCUCAGAUCUUAGAAGAAAUCUGCCAGAAAAAUAACUGGGGACAGCCUGUUUACCAGCUUCAUUCCGCAAUUGGCCAAGAUCAAAGACAACUGUUCUUGUAUAAAGUCACUAUACCUGCCCUUGCCAGCCAGCAACCUACUAUACAUCCUUUCACACCUCCCAAGCUCAGUGCAUAUAUUGAUGAAGCAAAGACAUAUGCAGCAGAAUAUACCCUUCAGACCUUAGGCAUUCCCAUCGAAGGCACAGAGGCACCUGCCGCAGCACCUGCUUUUCCAGGAUACACCAUCACCAAUGCAGCUGCAACUGUAGCAGCUACACAGCUGAAACAAGCAGUGACACUGGGACAAGAUCUAGCAACUUAUGCAACAUAUGAAGCAUACCCUGCCUUUGCUGUGGCCACUCGUAGUGAUGGUUAUGGAACUUUUUAAAAGAUUUAGUCUACUUGUAUUUAAAUCAAUACUUUCUGUUAAUCAAGUGGGGGGAACUACUUCAGUCUGUUGAUUAUUAUGAUCUCAAAAUUUUAAAUCUAAUUUUAGAAGAUGGAUUAGUUUAGUGAUAGUUUUAUACUUCUAGGCUGAGAGUUUUUUUAAAUUGUUGGUAUAUGUUUCAUUAUAAAUCAGUUAAAUCAAUUUUCACACUUAAAUAAAACAAGCAAAAACGGAAGAAAACAAAACAGAAACAAAAACCCACUUUUGCCCAGAAAAUAAUCCUUAAAAUCUAUAAGGAUCUAUAAGUAUACAUCACUGUGCAUAUGUUUACAUGUAAUCAUCCAUGCUGAAAACAGAAACAUUCCCAAUGAGCUGCAUGUUUAAAGCGUGUGAUUUUAAUCAGACUUGUGAUUGGCUAACUGUAUGAUCAAACUCAUGUUCAUACUGCACAAUUAGUGCACAGUUCUAAGACACAUAGGGCACAUCCAGACAAGUGUGCACCUGUUGCAAACCACUUGCACUGCACAUGCAGGCAUAAGCUGUGCUGCUAAUUUGCAGUGGAGUGGGGUUUUUUGACAUUGGGAGGUACUGAAAAAAGCAGGGUGGUGCAUGUGGUGGCAGCAUGUGCCACCCAAAACCAGAGUCUGGCUGUCUAGAACCAUAUUCCAGCUGCCAGCUAGGUUCUGCGCAUUGGAAUGCCACUGCUGGAGCCCCAGAAGGCCCCCAGGACCCCAGGUAAGGCUGCUGGGGCCACCCAGACACAACUAUGUGCCACUGCUAUUUGUUCCUGGGGAAACACGUGCAUGCUCAUCUGCCACUUCCCAUGAUGCUGAAUAUCUCUCACUAGAAUAUCAGUGCAUCAUGCAAAUGGACUGAGCAGGGAAAAAAAAUGUGUGAGCAGGACUUAAAGUGAAUGAAAGGGAAUAGAAACCUCUCUCCGAGAUGCUAAAUGGUAGUGGAUUUUCUCCACGGGCUGUACUUUACCACCCAGCAACUCCAUGACAGUAAUGUAAGAAAUUGUUGGGUACUUCUCCUCUUACCCUCAGAAAGCUCAGGAGACUAGGGGUGUGCAAAGCAGGCUGUAUUUGAAUUGGAUUUGGCUCGAUUCAGGGGAUGGUGAUUCAAUUCUCUGAUUUGGAUCACUGUCCCAAUUUGAUUCAGCUGAAUCUGAAAAUGAAGAUUCGAUUCUGAUUCAGAGAAUCAGCAAUUCAGCCAUAGAUACAGCUUUAUAUGUUUUUUCUACAUAACUUGAGGUACCAGGCAUGGCUUGUGAAUGUUGAGAUGGUGGGGCAGAUGGAGCAUCCUACAGGGUUGUGGGGGGUACACCACUGAGCGUGCAGGGGACCCACCCCCGCACCCUCCUGGCUCAGUGAUUGGCUGUGGGGGGCCCCAGGUGACCCCCCCAGACCCAGGAGGCACCAGUCGCUGAGUUGGGGGGCAGGGUGGGUCCAUUGCAUAUGCUGUGGCAAACCCAAAAGUGGACCAGAAGUGCUCCUGGUCCAGUUCCGGGUCCGCUGCCGAGCGUGCUGGGAACCCCCCUGUGCUCCCGUGGGACACUCCAUCUGCCCCACCAUCUCAGCAUUCAUGAUCCACCUGGUACCUUGAGGUAUGUAGAAAAAGUGUAUAAAGCUGUGUCUAUGUCCAAAUCAUUAAAUUUCUCCGAAUCAAAUCAGAGGCUUCCGAUUCAAUUCAGAGAGAUUAAUGGGUCUCCUGAUUUGAUUCAGAUUAAGAGAUUUGGCUGUCGAAUUGGGCUAAAUCUCCUCUGAAUCAAAUCAGAGAUCAAAACUUCUCACAGCCCUACCGGAGACCCCUUACUCCUCCACAACAAAAGUUUCCUUCCUCCCUAUAACAAAGUACCCUACAAUACCCCUAUACCCAGGUUUGGCAUCCUCUUUGUAUCCCCAGUGUAUAGCUGUUCAGUUCUCAUUAUACUAGCCACCUGCUGUUGGAGUUUCUUUCUGCCUUCCUUCUUCUUCUGUGCAUUUAGAGCAAGUGAUUUUUGUCUUGUCCGUACCUGCAAUUCACAUUCUUCAACCAACAGAGCACUGAUUUUCUGCCUGUUCAUUGCUCUGAACCUAAUCAGUUAUAUGUGCCUUGAUGAAGUCCACCAAAUUGGAAAAUACUACUAUAUCUUUGGCCAAACCAACAACAUGUAGAAUGUUAAGUCACCCAUUUUUGCAUAGAGAUCCUUCACAUAUCUAUAACCUCCCCUGCUUUGAAAAUUGCAUAUGAGGCCAUCUUACAAAAUAAGUAUUAGAUUAAGUAGUCUAAAUAAGCUUUUAUCACGUAUUUCUUUUAAAAUUCUGCCCCUAUCAAAAGCUAGUAAAUACUGACAGCAAAAGACAGUUUUCAUAAAUUAGCUUACAAGCCAGUGUUCAAGUGUGUGCAUGCUUCAGAGCUAAUUUUUAUAGUAGUGGGUACAUAGGCAGUUAUUGAUAUUUUAUCUUUCCCCAUAUAGUAUCCACAGAAAUAUGCAAAAACCUAAACAAAAUAACUUAUUUUACUUCUUAUCCAAUGAUCCUGGCAUUCUGGGCAAUGCACACUUUAGACAAGUAUCUGUUCAUACCAGAAUGUGGACUAAAAACCUAAGUCACACCUCUGAAAAGACCCACAUGACUGGCUGGUUUCUUUAAAAAGACAUCCCAGGAGGCUUGCACUUUGAAGUGAACAGACCUCCAGCUUGUAUCCCAUUGUACCUCUAUAAUAUGCAAAACCAUGCUAGUUAUCUAAUUGUGCACUCGGUACAAUGGGAAAAUUGUCAAAUUUCUUCAGAGAGAAGUUCAGUGGAGUCCAUUGACUGCCAGACUUUGCACUUUUAUAAUACUUUUAUAAUGUAAACAUAUUGAUCUUCAGUUCUGUAAUCUGUCACCUUGAAAUAAGCCUGAGGCACCAGAUCUAAAUCUUAACUUCCCAAAAUUCAGAGAUAUUUGGAUUCGAAGUUUUGAUUUAGAUACAGCUCUGAUAAAUAAUACACGAGCUAACAGUGGCAUAUGCAAAAUUACAGAAGUUUCACCUAAUCAAGAUUAGCAGUUUGCAAUACUCAAAAUAAACUGGAAAAAUCAGUACUGUAGAUUGUUCAUACAAUGAACAACCAAGCACCAGAAAUGACAUAGUUAUGAAAGUGCUGACAGUGGCAAUCAUACAGUGCAAUACAAACUUGUUUUUUGAGUUUGAGAGACAUCAUGUAAUGCCUAUGAAAGGCUCUUUGAUGAAAACUGAUCUCAUCUUAACAGCAUUCUCUUAAAUAGUGCUGCAAUUUUCUGUAGAUCAUAUAUCCAGAAAGCAAAAUAAAAAAAUCCUAACCUAAGCUUCUGGCUUCCUAAAUUUUCUAUAUGAAAUCAAAAGUAUACAUACAUAUAUUUUCUUGCACAAUUAAAACUAACAAGCAACUAAGAACUAGUACUGUCAAAAAGAGAGCGUAAGUGCAAAAAGUUUCUGUUUAGCUAAUUCCUCACUCUCUCUUAUUAGUGCCAAUAUGUUGUGAAUAUUGGAUAAAUAUAGUUAAGGUUUCUCCUAGAUAAUAUAAUAGUACAAAACAUACAAGGUAAUAUUUUUUUUAUUUGUAUCCAUGAAUAUAAGCAAUUAUUACAAGGAGGUUCUUAGACCAUCAUGUUUUCAUAUUAUAUUCACCAAUCAUUUCUUAAAGAUCUCAAAUCCUUUAAAAUUUUAGAUCCUCAUCUUCUGCAUCAAAGGCAAAAUAAGCACAUUCCUUGCUCUCCUCCUCCUGACUCACAGGUCACAUAAAACAUAAGCUCAAUGCUAAGAAAUUACCUGGUUCUCCCUACACUCUUUAACUUUAGUGAGAAACAGAUCAGGCCCAAAAUGUUUAAAGGAUUCUCUGUGAAAUAAUAAGAGACCAUGUCAGUUGUUUUCCUGUUUUAAGUAGGUCUUUUAAAAAUGCAAAGCACGUUAGUCUCUGAAAUACUGUUUACUAGUAACACUAGUGUUGUUUUCUUUUAAUAUUCUAGUUAACUUGAUGUUAGUAGUCACGAAACAAAUGUAUAAGUUGUAUACCACAGUUUCUGGUAUUGUUAGACUACCAUUAUUCUUAAAGUUUUGCAGUUUUGGUAGAGAGAGACAGGGCUGAUUCUUAAUAUUCUGGAAUAGAUCUAUGUACUAUCUUAAAUUUAUAUACAAAGCUUACUUAGAUACUCUCCAGGCCUUUCUAAUUGUUUUUAAAAUCCUCACUUUUUCUUCUGUGUUCAUAGUUUCCUGUUCUCCAUUGGAAGCUUUGGAGUGAACACUUUGUUUAAUACGGGGCCUGCUACAGUUUCAAUAGAUAUUUAGUGCUCAUGAGUAUAAGAAGAGGCUCACUUGCUUUCCUCCUAUCAAAUUCAUGCCCUGAUUUCACAUCAUAAGAUUGCUUAUGCUUGCUCAUUCUCCAGCUUUGGAUUUUGUUAGGUUCUUUUAAGCAUUUGCUUUUGAAAAGUUAAAAGGCCAGAUUCUAUUUUCACUUGCAUCAUCUUUACACCAAAUAAAUCCAGUCAGUUCAUUAGUUUUACUCUUGAUAUAGACAAGCAUGAAAGGACAGCUAGGUCCACAGGCUUUGCAAAUUUGUAGGAAUAAUAAUAGUGUUACAGCUAUAGCAUAGGAUUCAGAGACAGAAACCCUGUCCUGACACAAACUUCCUUUGACAAGUCACUUAGGUCCAGAUCUACAAAAAGAGAUGCCUUAGUAUGCUAAUGCUUUAGUUUCUUUUUCUGUAAUAGAUGCCUUGCACUUUCUCUUCCUUCAGGAGUUAACUUUAUUAAUAUUUGUAUAGAUUCUUAGUGCCUUCAUGGAGAGUAUUGCUGAUGUACAAAAGUAAUGUAAAAGGGAAUCAUUUGGGAUUACCUGAUUUGACAGUGUCCUCUUUGGACUUUGCAAAACUAAAUAAUAGUAAAGAAAUCACACUAAACACCAAGUCUUUGGUGUUCCCUGUUCCUAAGAAUGUAACAGUAAUACAGUUGUUGUAUUGUCAAAAGCUUAUUAAUAUGUCAGGACCACUGAAAUGAAGUAACUAUAUUUCUUUCUCUUCCUAAUCAACCAAACAUCUCACUGAUCUCACGAGGUGUUUUUCUGGAGAAAGAGUAAAUGUUCUGGUCAUAUUUGAUAAAGUUCUGUACUUCUGUAACUGCUACAACUUAUGAGGUUUACUUCUAUCUAUACACUGUCUUGUUAAGAUGUUUAAAAAAAGGAAGAAAGAAAAUGUAUUUUCCUCUGCAAAUGCUACACUGCACUCUUAUGCUAGCAGAGCAUGACAGGAAACCAUUUAAACCAAAGCCAUUGUAUUCAGAGCUUUAAAUAAUUAAUAGUAUUAUUGGUGCUUUAGCUCAAUUUUCUCUUAUACAUAUCCAUUUUAAGUCAUUUUUGGUAAUGAUAUCCUAGUGAAGGCUGCCAAUGAAUAAUGUAUCCACACCUAUUGUGAAAGAGACUGUUGUUGGUAGAAAAUGUUUCCCACUUUUGUUUAAGUAACUAUAUAUGGCUUUUUUCCAGCUAUUUAUAUAAGGUAAGUUAGAAAAGGUGCCAAGGCAGAGAGACAGGAACAGUAUUAAAACUUGUGUGCAUAAAGCACUUAUUUUUGUACUUUUAGUACAAUAUUUGUAUAGAGUUCUAACACUGUGAAGUGUAGUAAAAUCACAUGAUCCAUUUACUGGAAAAGAAAUAAUUUGUUUUGAAAAAAUGAAGUAAAAUUGGCAUCUCAAUCAUUAAUUCAGGGAAAUUUUGAAUUGGAUUAAAUAUUGUACAGCAAGCUUAUAAUUCUUGGUUAAUCAAAUGGCAUUAAGUAUAUUUUGAAGUACUAUUAAACCUUUCAAACUAAUAUGAAAGUUUCAGUCUUUUUUGUUAGUUGCCCUGAGUUUUAUCUAGAAAGGGCAUCCUCUGUAUUGGUGGUAAGAAUACAGUUCAGGUUCUGUUGAGAUCAUUAUAGAAUUCAUUUCUCAAACAGUCAGAAAGCGUUUUAUAUAUGCCAAGAUUUAAUAAAUGCACAUUGCUUUGAUACA